UACAGCUUGUGUGAGGGUCAGACCCUGACCUGCACAAAGCUGGAACCUCAGAUGAUGUGGGACCUUGGAAGGUAGCUGGCACUGAAGAUCCUGGCCUUGGGACAGAGGGAGGGGACUGCAGGCGAGCCCGUCUGGCCGCACGGGUUGAGGGCGCCUGUGCAGGAAGUUGAGAAGUCACUUCGGCGUGAACUGGCUGAACUAACGGGCCCCUAACUGAUGUGAUUGCUGGAAGGUGGGGGCUGGGAGGUCACCUUGCUGAUUGGUCAGGAGGCCAUGGAGCUUUGUGAGGUCACUGGGCUUCUAGGCUGGGGCAGCAGUAUGGUAGAGAUGCUACCAACUGCCGUUCUGCUGGUCUUGGCUGCGUCUGUGGUCGCCACAGACAACAACACCUGUGACGGCCCCUGUGGGUUACGAUUCAGGCAGAGCCCGCAAGGGGGCAUGCGCAUCGUCGGAGGGCGGCCUGCGGCACUCGGGUCCUGGCCCUGGAUGGUCAGCCUCCAGGCCUUCUCAUAUGUCGACAGCCGGAGGUACCACAGGUGCGGGGGCACCUUGCUGAACUCCCACUGGGUGCUUACUGCUGCGCACUGCUUCAGGAACAAAAGGAAAGUUGCUGACUGGAGACUGAUCUUUGGAGCAAAGGAAAUUGUGUGGGGAAACAACAAGCCUGUGAAGCCGCCCCUGCAGGAGAGAUUUGUUGAGAAAAUCAUCAUUCAUGAGAAAUACUCCCCUGGCUCAGAGGAAAAUGACAUCGCUCUCAUAAAGAUCACCCCUCCUGUUCCAUGUGGACAGUUCAUCGGACCAGGCUGCCUGCCCCAAUUUAGGGCAGGCCCACCCAGAAUUCCCCAGAUGUGCUGGGUGACUGGCUGGGGAUACCUAAAAGAGAAUGCCGCCAGGACAUCACCUAUACUGCAGGAGGCACGUGUGAACCUCAUCGACCUUGACUUAUGUAACUCGACCCAGUGGUACAAUGGGCGCGUUCAUUCGACCAAUGUGUGCGCGGGGUACCCUGAAGGCAAGAUUGACACCUGCCAGGGGGACAGCGGCGGGCCUCUCAUGUGCAGAGACAACACGGGAAGCGCCUAUGUGGUCGUGGGAGUCACAAGCUGGGGGGUAGGCUGUGCUCGAGCCAAGCGCCCUGGAGUCUACACGUCCACCUGGGCCUACCUGAACUGGAUCGCAUCCAAGAUUGGUUCCAGCGCCUUGUACAUGGUUCAGCCAGGCACUCCGCCCCCUCCUACUUCCCAGGCACCUCCAGCUAGACCUGCUUCUGCUCAGGUUUCUGGUCACCCAUCCUGGUACUUCCAACAGCUUCCUCGACCACCUCCCUUCAAGCAACCCCAGCCCCAGCCUCCAGCCGUGUACCGACCCCCACGGCCACCCCCACCGCCACCCCCACCCCAGCCUCCCACUAAACCUCCCCAAGCACUUUCUUUUGCCAAGCGACUACAGCAACUCAUAGAAGUCUUGAAGGAGAAGACUUUUCUUAAUGAAAAGGGUUAUUCUGAAAUGGAGAUCACAGACCUCCCAGAACUACCUGCCUCCUCCUGAUCUGACACCAUUCCCAAUGGACCUAGCGAACCCCUCAAGCCUGAGGAAAAAA